AUGUCAGUGGCGUCCACUCAUGGCCGUUAUUUUAUUCCACAUCAUGCCGUGUGUGGCGCCGAUGAAAAAUUCCGCGUAGUGUUCGACGCGUCCGCUUCGGUUGCUGAUGGAUCGUCACUAAAUACAUCGUUAUUCCCGGGUCCGAAGUUACAACGGGACAUCGUGGAUGUGCUAACGUGUUUUCGUUUGUUCCGUCACGCGUUUACGACCGAUAUUUGUAAAAUGUACAGACAGAUUAUGGUCCUUCCGCAAUAUCGUGCGUAUCAACAUAUUCUGUGGCGACCGUCCCCGCAUAUGGAGCUCGUCGAGUACGAGUUGAAUACCGUAACGUACGGCGUAAAUUGUGCGCCGUUUCUCGCUCUACGCGUACUGCAAGAGGUCGCUGAAGUCGAUUGUCGWAAUUCUACCAGAUCAUGCGACGCGUUGCGUCAUCAAACGUACGUCGACGACAUUUGUUACGGUGCCGAUACCGCGGUCGAGGCGCUUAGCGUUCAGGCGGAAUUGAUAUCCGUCCUCGCUGGUGCGGGGUUCGAGUUGCGCAAGUGGUCCAGCAACACCGCCGCCGUCCUACACGCUGUUCCGGACGAGUUCCGGGUGGUAAAAUCGACAACGUUUGCCGGUGAUGAGGGCGCUGAUACCAAGGUUCUCGGUUUGUCGUGGUAUACAGACGGCGAUUAUUUCGGUUGUGAACCUCGCAUAGAUGACGCAAUUGUAUUUACCAAGCGCGGCAUUUUGUCAUUAACAGCACGUUUUUUCGACCCGUUAGGUUUGUUUGCGCCGUCCAUCUUCCUUGCCAAGCAUAUUAUGCAACGCACAUGGCAGUCCGAGUGUACGUGGGACCAGCGUUUGCCUACCGAUAUCCGCGCAGAUUGGUCGCAGUUCGUCGACGAACUACCCGCGUUAGCCAACGUGCGUGUUCCGCGCUAUUUAAAUACAACCGCCGGAGCUCAGUGUUCGUUGUAUGGAUUCUGCGACGCGUCGCAACGCGGCUAUGCCGCGGUAGUGUUUUUGCGCACCCAUGAUGCCCCACGCGCAUCGUCGGUCAUGUUGGUCGGUUCCAAGACCAAAUUGGCGCCGCUUAAACCGUUAUCGAUUCCGAGGCUCGAGCUGAAUGCCGCCGUAUUAUUAUCGCGCUGGAUGAGCCGAAUAUUUUUAUUAUUAAAUACGCGCAUCGACAUCAUUGACAUGUGUGCCUGGACGGAUUCGUCGAUUGUAUUGUCAUGGUUAACAGUGCCCCACGACACGUUCAAGCAAUAUGUGUCGAACCGUGUUCACCAGGUACAAACGUUGUUACCAAGUUGUCAAUGGCGUCACGUCAGCUCGGAGAUGAACCCAGCUGAUUGUGCGUCCCGUGGGUUGAUGCCGUCUGAGUUGCCGCACCACAAGUUAUAUUGGCAAGGGCCCGACUUUCUCCGAGACCCUCCACAUGAAUGGGGGAGCGACAUCGCGCGUUUGUCCGUUGCGGAAUUGCCUGAAGUAAAAUCCAUGGCCCCCGCAGUUUGUCUUGCCGCACCUACAGUCGAAUGGUUCACGCGUUUCUCGUCGUACGACGAACUUAUACGUGUGGUCGCGCGUGUGCGCCGUUUUAUCGAUAUUUGUCGCCGACGUCCCGUCGAGAGAUCGACUGCGCUUACUCGAGUGGAGCUCAACGGUGCAACUCGUGCGGUAAUCGCUGCGUCUCAACGUGUCACAUUUCCGACAUUAGUCAGCGAUUUGCAGAAAUUACGUCGCUUAGCUUCCAAGCCGUUGGCACGGCUGUGUCCGUUCGUCGACUCCGAAGGUAUAAUCCGCGUCGGUGGACGCCUACGUCAUUCAGAGUUGCCGUACGAUUGUCGACAUCCAAUUUUGUUAGCUAAAGGCUCGUACCUCGCGCUGUUAGUGUGUCGCCACUGGCACAAAGUCACUGGUCAUUCGGGACCACGUGUAAUGACUUCAUUGAUACACCGGCAAUAUUGGAUUGUGUCGCUGCGUUCCGUUAUCCAUUCCGUCGUUAGUCAAUGCACACGUUGCGUGCGCCUCCGUGCGUCUAUCCCCACGCCGGUCAUGGCGGAUUUACCAGAAGCACGGGUGUCGCAAUGUCGUCCGUUUUCCAGUGUCGGCGUUGAUUAUGCCGGGCCUAUAGCUAUGCGCGAAAAUAAACUACGAAAAUCUAGGACGUACAAGGCAUAUAUAGCAGUAUUC